UCCCGCACCUGAGCUUGGCUCUUCCCUCUCUGGCUCUCUCUCAUUUCUCCCUCCUCUCUCCUUCUGCCUCCCUCCUGCAUCCCAAGUCAUGAGCGGACUCUCCCCUGGGCCGGGGCAUCUGCCGAAGGUGCUGGUGGUACUGGUGUGCUGGGCAGGGUCCUUGGCAAACGCCCAGGUUGAGAUCCCAGCCUUGCGGGUAGAAAACCGGACCAAUGUCUCAGUCACCCUGAACUGGGAGCCACCUAAUGCCAACUCUCUAAACUAUACUGUCACCUGGGCUAAGGAUGGCCAGCUCCUUGGGACCAAUGACACUUCAGCUACUCAGUACACUGUGGAGAACCUGGACCCUGCAACCCUCUAUGAGUUCACGGUCAACGUGGAGGGAAGCAGCUCUGGAAAGAGCCUUAACGCAUCCACGGUGCCCAAUGAGGUCGAAGACCUGGGGAGGAAUGACCCGAGAAACAGCUCAGUCACCCUGCACUGGAAGGUCCCUAAGGGCCCCUCAGGUGCAAACUACACCUACUGGAUCAACUGGACCAGUGAGAAUGGCCUUGUUGGGGAAGCCAAUACAACGAAGACGGAGCAUGAGGUGGAAGGCCUGGAUGCUGCCACUGAGUACACUUUCACAGUGAGGGCCGUGAGGAAUGAUGUCAGCAGCUCCGGCCUGAGCCUCCCGGUGGCCACAGUGCCCAAUGAGGUCGAAAACCUGGAGGGGAAUGACCCGAGAAACAGCUCAGUCACCCUGCACUGGGAGGUCCCUAAGGGCCCCCAGUACUCAGACUACACCUACUGGAUCAGCUGGACCAGUGAGAAUGUCCUUGUUGGGGAAGCCAAUACAACGAAGACGGAGCAUGAGGUGGAAGGCCUGGCUGCUGACACUCAGUACAAUUUCACAGUGAGGGCUGUGAGGAAUGAUGUCAGCAGCUCAGGCCUGAGCCUCCUGGUGGCCACAGUGCCCAAUGAGGUCGAAGACCUGGGGACGAAUGACCCGAGAAACAGCUCAGUCACCCUUCACUGGCAGGUCCCUAAGGGCCCCUCAGGUGCAAACUACACCUACUGGAUCAGCUGGACCAGUGAGAAUGGCCUUGUUGGGGAAGCCAAUACAACAAAGACGGAGCAUGAGGUGGAAGGCCUGGAUCCUGCCACUCAGUACAAUUUCACAGUGAGGGCCGUGAGGAAUGAUGUCAACAGCUCUGGCCUGAGGCUCCUGGUGGCCACAGUGCCCAAUGAGGUCGAAGACCUGGGGAUGAAAGCCCGGAGUAACAGCUCGGUCGCCCUGGAGUGGAAGGUCCCUAAGGGCCCCCAGUACUCAGACUACAUCUACUGGAUCAGCUGGGCCAGGGGGAAUGGCCUUGUUGGGGAAGCCAAUACAAUGAAGAAGGAGCAUGAGGUGGAAGGCCUGGAUGCUGCCACUGAGUACACUUUCACAGUGAGGGCCGUGAGGAAUGAUGUCAGCAGCUCCGGCCUGAGCCUCCCGGUGGCCACAGUCCCCAACGAGGUCACCGACCUGCAGGUGCUGAACCAGACCAACACCUCCAUCACCUUCGACUGGGCGGCCUCCAAGGGAGACGCCAAUCUCAGCUACAGCGUGGCCUGGGUCUCCUCUGGCUCCGAGGAGCUCAGACGCACCCAGGAGCCCCGAUUCACUGCCGAGGGCCUCGGCCCUGGCUCCUGGUAUCAGUUCUUGGUGAGGUCCGAGACGGCGGACGGGGCCCGGGGUCCAGCGCGGGCUGUCAAUGGCUCCACAGCUCCAGACCCCGUCACCAUCACCUCUUGCACUAGUGCGGCCGCGGGCUACGGGGUCGUCCUGGCCCUGGCCUGUCCUGAGGGGGGCCAGGAGAGCUUGGAGCUUAUGGUGGGGGACCAGAGAGCGGUGCAUCAUGGGUCCUGUGCCAGCUCCAUGUCCCUUAGGGGCCUGCAGCCGGCCCGGUCCUACACGGCCAUCGUCCGGAGCCUCUGGGCAGGGCUGAGAGCCGACUCAGCUCCAGUGACCUGCUACACUGAGAGUGGAGGGGUCAUAGCUGGAGCCAUCAUUGGAGUCCUCCUCUUCGUCCUUCUCGUCGGGCUGCUCAUCUUCUUUCUUAAGCGGCGUCGCGGGAAGGCAGAGCCGGAGAAGCCCCAGAGCCCGGGUGUGAGCUUCAGCUCCCUGGGGGACAUCUCUGCAGAGGAUUUGGAAGCCCACGUCCUGAAGAACCAGAAAGACAGCGACUGCGGAUUUGCCGAGGAGUACCAGCAACUGGCUCUGGAGGGCACGGGGCAGAAGCAAACCGCGGCCGUGGCCCUGGAGAACAAGAGCAAGAACCGCUUUUCCAACGUGCUGCCCUAUGACUGGUCCCGCGUCCCCCUGCAGCCCCUCCCGGGGGAUCCCAGCUCUGACUACAUCAAUGCCAGCUUCAUUCCAGGUCUCUCAGGUCCCCGGGAGUACAUUGCCACCCAGGGGCCCCUCCCCCAGACGGUGGGCGACUUCUGGCGCCUGGUGUGGGACCAGCAAAGCCGGACCAUUGUCAUGCUGACCAACUGCGUGGAGUCCGGGCGGGUCAAAUGUGAACAUUACUGGCCCCUGGAUGCCCAGACUUGCAACCACGGGCGCCUUCGGGUCACCCUGAAGGGGGAAGAAGUGGCCGAACACUGGACCGUUCGAGACUUGCAGCUGUUUCACAUGGACCUGAAGGAAAGCCUGUCUGUGCGCCAGUUCCACUUCACAGCCUGGCCGGACCACGGCGUUCCUCGGUCCCCAGACCCACUGCUGGCUUUCCAGGCACUCCUGCGGGAGCAGCUGGAGCAGAACGUGGAGGGAGGGCCUCCCAUUGUGCACUGCAGCGCUGGCGUGGGGCGCACGGGGACCCUCAUCGCCGUGGACGUCCUGCUGAGGCAGCUGCAGAAGCACCGGCGCGUCGGGGUCCAGUCCUUCGUCAGAAAGAUGAGGAGGAGCCGCCCGCUGAUGGUGCAGACUGAGGGCCAGUACAUCUUCCUGUACCAAACUCUCCUGAGGUUUCAGCAGCUGUCCCAGGCCGCCGAGGACACUUCCAGAGCCAAGGAAGAAAUCCUGUAUGAGAAUGUGGGGGCCGUCUAUGAGAAUGUGGGGGCCAUCCAGACCUAUGAGCAGGAGAUGAGCGUGAUAUAAGAGCCCUGCUUCCCGGGGUUCAGGGUUCGGGUGCCCUCCCCUGGGGGUCGGGAGCCGGACCCGCGAGGACCCGGUGGGGAGGGGCAGGGCAUCCAGCUGUCUGGGUCUCUCGGUGCCAUCCAAUCAGUGAUGUGGAUAUGGGGAGAUGUCUGAGGGGCUGAGCCCUGCCCUCCUGGAGAUGAGGAAGGCCCCUGAACUCCUACUGUGCCCCCCCCCCAAAUACAGCCUGUCUAUGUUAUGUCUUAAUUUAUUAAAUCAGUCCUCCUACCUCCGA